AUGGAAGAUGAUGAUCUACAAUCCUCUUUGUCAGUUCAGUCAUUUGAUGAACCAUAUGCCAACCGAUCUGAAAGCUCCAUGUUAGAAAACACAUAUACAAGUGAAGAAAGCAACAAUGAAUUAUCUGAAAAACUAAUAUAUAAAAAAACAAAACUAGGCCAUAGAGUAAUUGAAACUAAAAAAGAAUCUGAAGAUAUCAAAAUUGAGAUUAUAUACGGUGUUUGUUUUGUAUUAGAUGAUUUAGGAAAAAAUUGUAAUACACAAUUGAGAAUAAUAGGUGGAUCGACCUCAAAUUUAAUAUCUCAUUUAACAAACACCCAUGGUAUUACGCAAGAUAGACCUAAAUUAUAUUCUGAUUUCAAAAUCCACGAAGUAUUACUUUCUUUUACAUAUGUCCGAUAUCCUCACACUGCAAAUGUUAUCCAAGAAAAAUUAGAAGAAGUAAUUGAAAAAUGGGGUCUCAAAGGAAAGGUAUAUUCAAUCAUAACUAAUAAUAGGUCUAAUAUGAAAGCAGCAAUUAAUAAAAUGAGUGAUAUAGUAAGAAUCCUAUGUUCAGCCCAUACAUUACAACUUGCUGUUGGAAAAGAUCUGAUGCCUGUUGAAGCAUUCAUGGCACACGCCAAGUGA